UGGUAUGGAUCAUUCCACACCUCCGUAACAUCAUGGAGGAUCUCCAGUCCCGUGGACCGGUGUUACUUCUGCUCCUUGUCACCCUAAUCUGUUCAGUAUCAGCAAAUGUGGCAAAUAUCGCCGGGAGCUUGACUGCCGAGUACGAGUUGAUUAACCACAAUCCAGGUGGUUCUUAUUAUGCCUCCAUCAUUCUCACCAACCAUGGUUCCACGCCAUUAGGUGCUACUGGAUGGAGCCUUUAUUUCUGUCACGAAAAUGUCGUCCAGUUUAAUAGAUUUAACAUCAGCAAUGGUGAAUAUCUUGUUACCAGACGUGGCGGCUUUGUAUUGUCGCAUGUAAAAGGAUGCAUGUACAAGUUCACUCCAUCUCCAGUUGGAUUUCAAGCGAUAGACAUAAACCAAAGAAGACGCCUAACGUUUUUGGCUGCCGCAUCUAUCAGUGGUAUAUACGAUAUAUACCCGAAUAUCUACGUCGCUGAUAACACACAAUCAGCAUUGAUAACAAAUACAAACAGUUAUCGUAAUUAUGUCGCACCAUUUAAUAGCAUAUUCCAAUACACACGAGAUCCGCCGAAAGACCCAGUAUUGCCUGUAUCACCUUUAAGAAGUUAUGCUGUACUGGUGAACCAAACGUACCCUGUCCUUACUCCAGGUGACAUUAUUCCGACACCUCUGAUGAAGCGUGCUACUCCCAACAAAUUGAUCAUCGACAGCAGUUGGAGAUUGUACACUAACAUACCUCGUCUGAUUGUAGAUGGUCUUAUGGAAUAUGUCAAGAGAAAACUGGAAAUGAGUGAAUCUCCGAAUGAAAUUACACAAAAUGUAAUCCUGUUCGAGCUCGGGAACCCCCCCUCUUUUGUGGAAAACAGCGAUGAGUGGUAUAAUUUAACUAUCACUCCCACUUAUAGAUAUGUAAGGAUCGUGGCUAACACCACAGCUGGGCUGUUCAAUGGUUUUCAAACCUUUCUAAAUAUCAGAAAAAUAAAAACCACAACGAGUCAAAAUAAAGUAACUGAGGUUCCCGAAUUGGUGAUAACUGACUCGCCACGAUUUCAACAUCGGGGACUUCUUCUUGACGUUGCGUCAAACUUUAUGCCUGUACCAACUGUGAUGAAGCUACUCCAUAUCAUGGCAUUAGUGAAGCUCAACAAACUACAGUUACUAUUGGCCAAUGACUAUGCUGUCAGGCUUGAGAUAGACGGCAUGCCCACCUUCCAUACCGUGGGCUCAAGAAGAUGCCAUGACGAAAGUGAGAAUUCAUGUUUGUUUUCUCAGCUGGGAUCAGAUCCCUCAGGAAAUGGACUUGGAUCGGGAUAUUAUUCUAUCCAAGAUUAUCUAGACAUUCUUUCCUUAGCAAAACAGUUACACAUUGAAAUUAUUCCAAUGUGGAAUUUUGACAGUAACAUGAGAGCAUCAGAAAUAGCCAUGCGGGCCUAUAGCAAGGCUACCAACGACAGGACAAUGGACUGGAGCUUACCACAGUUGGAUAAAACAUCCCAUUUAAAACAAAAUAUGUUUAGGCUUGGUAAAGUGGACCCGUGUGCGGGGGAAACAGAGAGAUUUAUAAGGACAAUAGUAGCUACCAUAAAAUCAUAUCACGCAAUAGCGGACUACCCUCUGAAGACAUUCAGUGUUGGGGGCGAUGAUACAGACAUUCCCGCCUGGAUUGAUAAAUGCCGUUUACGUAACAAAGACGUCACCACAGGACAUCCAUAUGUGCAAACGAAACUCGAGUUCACCAAAAUGCUAGUUAGAGUUGCCAUCGAAAAUGAAGUUACCCUUAAUGCGUACGACAACCAGUUUACAGCCUUCCCGACCCUAUGUUUCAAUUCCACAGACUGCCCUGAUUGGAUGAUGCCUUUCAAUGGCUCAAAAUGGUAUCCACCAAAUUUUGAUGUCUCCGUUACUCACAGGGAUCCUAGAGUAAUAUUCCAAAACAGAUUGAGACUGAGGGGUCACAAUGCUACUGCUAAUAUUUCUGACCAUGAAAAUGAGACAAAGUUAAAAAUGUUCCAGCGCAAUGGAUAUAAGAGUAUUAUAUCGACGCAGGACGUCCUUGACCUUUCUGUGAAGGAGGAGCCGGGUCCGUAUGUCCCCGGUGAAUUGCCGUUUGGAAGGUCCCCUAUUCCAGUUCAACACAUAUUCAGCAUGUGGCCAGAAUCAAUGUGUUGCUCCAGAUACGAGUGUUUUCCUCGAACGAACCCGGCAGGAUAUAUGAAGCUACCGCUGCAUCCUGAUCCAUUAUGUCUGGAAGACCCCAGAGCUAAAGGCCCAAUAGGAAUGCAAGCAUCUAUAUCCACGAGGAAGGUCCGCACCGAAUCAGAGCUCUUCCAGCUACUCUUUCCACGACUGUUUGCCGUGGCGGAGAGGGCGUGGCAUCGAGGUAAUUGGGAAAACACGGUGAGGCUACCGAUUAGGAAUAUUCAUGCUGCAAGAAUUGCUGAAAUCCAGGAUUUUCAGAAGUUCAAAGCUAUUCUUGGCACACAUCUUCUCCCGAUGUUAGACAACGAGAGGGCGCUUUAUUAUAUGACUCCCCCCGGAGCAGUUAUGAGAAACAUCACUGCUGACCUCAGAGACAUGCGCAGAGCAGUAUCGGCCAAGACGGAGUAUCCAGGGUUUGUUGCUCAAAUCAAGACGGACAAAAUGUCAGCCUUUGAGGACGUUGUAGACAACAAGGUUUAUGAUUCAUUACAGACAGAAUUUAGGACAAGAAACAAGCAAUCGACAAGACAUAGUAGAAGCGAGAUCGUACGCACAACAUUCCCUGAUAAAUACGCUCGAGAACACAUGAUCAUAAUGCAUAACCUUGCGGCGAACUCGUCAUUGGAGUUUCCGAUUCAAACACGUUUUAGAAAUCAGGACGAUGCUACUGGAGUCAAUUCCUAUUCAAUAAUACAUGGGUUGCCGUUAUAUUUCGAUAGAGAUUUCGGAGAAUUUUUUAACAAAACUGGAUACCAAGUAUUCCUUCAAAGGAAACCUGUCCUUAUACAACAUCAUGUGGCGAGGAUGCAACAACACCAGAGACAGUUUCUUAAUGGACAUGGAGCUUCCGGGACUCGAGCUUCUAAUCCAAAUACGAGGAAUGCAGGAGGUCCUGUUCCUAUGGGGGCCAAUCAAAACAUGAUGAAUGCUGCUGGGCCUGUUCCUAUGGGAACCAAUCCAAACAUGAUAAAUAGACGUCAAAAUGUAGGUUAAGUCAAUAGCUGUCUCAAAUACCAUCCAAACAAUAUCCAUUUCUGUAUCAAAUGUCUAGUGUUUGAAAAAUCUGAAGAGAUAAUUAUAAUGGCUAGUGAAAAUAAGAGGAAAUAAAUUACUUUAUAUCGUUAAUAAACAGGGUAUAGAUAAUGUUUCAGUUUCACUACACGAACGCAUUCUUUUUAAUUCUGUCGAUAUACCACUUCAAUAAACACAGAUUCUGGCUGUCAGGAUUUUGUUAAUUAUUUUGAAUAUUACACAUUGUCUCCUUUAUGAUUUUCUCAUGUCUGACAGAUACAAUACCAAUUAUAAAUAAUAUGCAUGCAUAUCACAUGUUUCUUGUAUGCAUGUGUGUAUGUGUGAAUAUAAAAUGAGAGAUUAUUAUAUGUGUAAUAUAGGGGUUAAACAAAGAUUCGUUUUGGAUGUGGUGAGUAGUUAACUUUUAUAAAUUGACUAACGAAAGUGAAAGAAAUACCAUAUCUUACAAACACGAAUCUUAUAACUUGUUUCAACCACAAUAAUAUGAAUCAGAAAUGAUGGGAUUUCGACCCGGUUUGCAUACAUAUGUGUUUGUAGACAUAUUCUAAUAAGGCGUCAUGAUAUUACCAUAAUGUAAAAAGUCACUAAUCGAUAUUCAAAAAUUUCAUUUUUUCAAAUGUUUUAUUUUUUAUAAAUUUGUUCAGCGUUAUGCAAACCCGUGAUACUUGAAGUCUUGCAGUUUUAAAUCCAUUAACUUAACAAUCGUGGACUAUAUGCGCGUAUAUGGCGGAGGUAUCUGCCAAAAAGUCAACUGAUUGUGUCAGAUUCCACGAGCCAUGGUUUUGAACGUUUCUGUAAGAUUAACGUAUAUCCAAUGGUUAUCAUAUAAGGGACUCCGUAUAUAGGACCUCUAAAUAGUCACGCAAUCUCGGCGACAACUAUUGUUUCAAUGCUUCGUUUUCUGCCGUAUCAUUUUGCAAGUAAUAUCUAACUUUCUACACAUAGCCUUCAGUUCUUUUUUCUUUUUUCUUUUUUACCUUUGAUGAAAUAAAAUCAUCAGUAGCAAAAUCAUCGUGAGAGUGAGAAUGCUUAUUUGACAAGUCGCUAACUUGAUUAUUAAUAUAUGUUAUUUGCAACGGACAGGGAGAACGUGUAUGUCACGAUCUUGACAUGACAGUAUGACGUCGAAGCGAUUCCCGAUAUGACGUAAAUAAAAGAUCACGUGACACAAAGCACAUCAGAAAAAAGUAAUUCAUAUAAAAAUGAAGAAAAAAAAAAGAAUCUGAACCAAUCACAAGACUGGACGGUCAUAUACCACUAGUGGUAUACCUAUAAGUCUAGCCACGUCAGCACGUUUACACAAUGGUCUAGGAUUGGAAUAUGACAGCGUAUUAUAAGGGUUAUUUUAUGUAUGUAUGGUAAAAGCUUACUGUACGUAUGUGAUAACUGUUUAUUAUACGUAUAGUAAAAAGUAAAUGUAUAGAAAUGUGUAUUGCAUGUAUAGUAAAUUUUAUAAUAUGUAUAAUAAAUGUGUAUCAUGUAUGUAUAACAAAUGUUGAUUGUAUGUACGUAUAACAAAGACGUAUGUAUGUAUGUACAAUGAUUUUGUAUUGUAUGUAUCUUUAAUAAAGAUGUAUAUCCUGUAUGGGUGUAAUAUCAGACUUGGCUCCUACGGAACAACAAAGAGCAUGUCUUGUUAAAUUGUCAUUUUCUCAUAUAAUGUAAGACUAACAGUACCUUAUGACAGCCUUUAGCACAACAGUGCAAAUGAUUAUUGGCCAGGAGUCUCGGUCGAGUGUCUUAUUGAUAAUAACUGUGUCGCACCUUACCAAAACACUCAUGGAUCAUUAUGUACAUUUUAGAGGCUUGGUAUGAACUUUUAAUCAUUAUUACUGAUUUACAUAGGGGCUUGAAGUAACUAAAAGGUAAUUUCAUGUUAAUGAUCUUAACCUUAUUGUUUGUUUUUACAAAAUGAUAUUGUAUUUCAUUCAUGCAAAAAAAUACUAUCUUUUGGAGUUUGAUUUCAACAAAAUAAAUAAUGAAGUCGGAGAAAACUAUA